AUGCUUGACCAAAUCCAACCCCACAUUAGGAAAAUUGAAAAACUGAUUGAUGAGACCAACCUCGAAGCCGAAAAUCUUCAGCAAGCUAUGAAAUCACAGUUACAGAGUUCAAAAGAAAAAAUUCUUUCUCAGCUGCGCAACAGUACAAAUCCAAAAAUUCUUAGUCCAUUUGCAUCUAAAGUUCUGAAAUCUUGGCGGGAUCCUUCGAUUUCUUAUCAGCCAAGUAUGAGUGAAAAUAUAUUCACGCUGAAGAGAAAACCUGUGUGCUCAAGCACCGGGAUAAAAAAAUUUAAAGCGAGUGCCAAGGUAAGCGAUGCGAGUACAAUUGUAGAUGAGCAGGCUGAUUUUGAAAGCGACUCAGAGAAUGAAGGAUUUAAAAUCAAUUAUAAAGUCCCUGUAUGGGCUAAAGAUGUGAUGAGCCAUUGAAAGGAAGUAAAUGCAAAGCAUGAUCCUGAAGCAAUUUUCGCACCGAUAAGAACACCACAAGGAUCAGGAAUCUUUUGUGAUUUGAAGGCAAUCUUUCCACAAUCGAAAAGAAUGUAUGAGCAAAGAGGAGAUUCAGGAAACUGGCAUUAUAAAAAUCUUAAUUAA